AUGGCGGAGGAGGCGGCGCAGAUGAACGCGGCUGCCGCCGCCUUCUGCGCCAGCCCGCUCGCCGAGCCCUUCCAGGUCGCGGCGGUCGCCGAGGCCUCGAUGCAGGCCGCGCAGCGGGCGUCCUGGGCGGCACAGUCGGUGGAGAGCUUCGGGCUCGAGCACGGGGAGAGGCUGGCCAGCGAGGGCGGCGACGUCGGCUGGCUGGCCACGCUGCGGCAGGUGACGAGGCAGGCCUCGGAGGCGGCGGAGCAGUCCGCCCAGAACUGCAAGAGCCUCGCCGCAGGGGUGCGGGAGCAGUGCCUGGACGCCCUCAAAGCGAGGAAGUCCAAAGUGCCCUGCAAGAAUCACCUCGCGGGCCGGUGCUCCAAGGGCGCGGCCUGCGAGUUCUCCCACGACGCCCAGGACAUGCAGCCCAGGCCCCUGAUGCUGAAGUCGAUGAAGCAGUGCAUCUUCUUCGCGAAGGGGAGCUGCGUGCGCGGGCCCGCCUGCCCCUUCUCGCACGGCGAGGAGGAGAGCGCGGAGAUCGAGAGGUACGUGGAGAGCCUGCGCAAGGAGAAGAAACAGACCAGCGGUACAAGCACUUUCCGGCGUUGA